AUGGCGCACGUAAGCAGUAACGUUACCCUUGUUGCGACGAAGAAACGUUCUCUUGUCCCCGUAAACUGGGAGGAUCAAGUUCGUGCUAUUGGCAUCUCGGAGUGCAAAGAAGCGGCGCACUCGCUGGCGCAAGCCUUUGCUACUGACGACCUAGCACAGUAUCUUCUCGAUGCCGAAGAUGCCAAGGACGAUGAUGAAGCUAAGUGGAGGCUCCAUGUCGACAUCUUCAACUACAUCGUGGCUGCCCACUGCUACAAGGGCGUUGUGACAACGAUUGGGCCCGAUUACGAGGCAGUAGCGCUCUGGAUGCCGCCCGGCAAGGACUCAGAUGACUGGCUGACUAUCCUUCGCAGUGGUAUGUGGAGACUCUACUAUCAACUGUCAGCCGAGGGCCGGAGACGCUACUACAGCGAGCUACUGCCCGUCCUUCAUCACACGAAGCAGGAGGUUAUGGGAGAUAGGGAUCACGACUGCUACUAUCUGGUGUACCUAGGCACUAAACCCAGCGGGCAGCGCCGCGGCUAUGCAAGGAAGCUCAUCGACCAGAUGGCUGCCAAGGCCGACGCCGAGGGCCGCGCCAUGUACCUCGAAUCUAGUUCUUUGAAGAACAACGAGUACUACAAGAAGUUCGGGUUCGAGAUCAAGCGCGAUAUCUACCUGGGUGCUGACUUGACGGCUACCACUAGUAAACCUUCUUCUCCUACCACCGGCGGCAGCGGGUCUCACGCUCCCGUGCGCCUCACCAUCAUGGUGCGCGAGCCCCGCAAGCUCAACCUCGCCCACUCGAUCCCCAUCAAGCUUCACAGCGGCUUCUCUCAAAAGGGCGCUCUAUGAAAAGGCUUUUAACAGUAUUUGGGGGUGGGCACAAGGAGGGCCGCAAAAAAAGGAAAGGAACGGGGAGGUUGGAUGACUUGACGUGAACGCUGCUGAUGACGACAUUGACAUUGAUGAUUGACAGUAGGACGCGCCCUUCGCUUUCUCUCUUCGGGCUUGCCGUUGCUAUUCUCUCUCUCUUUCUCCUUUGUUCCUCGUCUGUCUUGUCCGUGCGUUCCGUUCCGUCAUUUCCAUCAUCUUUCUUGAUUUCGGACCGCCCCUUUCCUCUCUCUCUCUCUCUCUUCAUUGGCGCCGUCUUCGACACUAUCUAUCUCGCGCCACUCGUGCUCGUGUGAAAGUGCUCGAUGAUGAGUUAUGGUGAUGCUGCUGCUGAUGACGAUGACGAUGACGAAUGAUUUGAUGAUUGUGAAGUGGAUUGUGCGUUUUGAAUUUGCUCUCUUUUUCGCAGCUGCAUUUAAACACACACCGUGGCGCCUUGAAUUUUUCUGUCCCGUGUUUUUUUUUUUGCUUUGGGGGCUCUAAUUUGCAUUAGGGUUUUAUCGGUUUUCACUUCCUCUUUACAUGCGCUCGCGUUUUGUUGCUCGCUCACUUGAUUGCACCAGGGCCAUCUUAUUCCAUUCUUAUCAAGUUCAACACGAUU